GUUCGAAUAGAACGCGCGGGGUUUAUAAGUGUGUGACAUUCUUACACUCUUUGUGGGUUUGUUGUAGUGGUCGAGAGUGAUUUUCACAGCGAUGGGACAGCGAGUUUGUAAAGUGAGUCCGAUGAUUGGCGAGGUGUGCGAUGAACAUCCAAGUACACCCCCAAAACCCAGCAUCAACACGGCGGAUCAACAUCCUCAUCCUCGCGAUGAGACCCCUGUUGGUGCUGGUGAGGGAAAUGGUCAGGAGAGGAGGGUGAUUGAGAGAGGAGGUGGAGGAGGAGAGGAAGGAGGUGAAGAGGAGGAGGAGACAGUGAUGAAGAGAGGAGGAGGAGGAGGAGAGGAAGGAGGUGAGGAGGAGGAGAGGAAGGAGUCAGGGAGAGUGCAAGAGAAAAGAAAGAGGAAGAAGAAGUUGUGGAGGAGGCUGACCUCUUUCUUCAGAGCUGCCAAAAAACAGCCUCCAGAGAGUGGCUCAGGUCAGGGAGAGGUGAAUCCGCAGCAGGAUGAGGGAGAGAAGAGGAAGGUAGCAUGGGCAGGAAGAAGUAGUGAUGACUACAUCUUCAGCCGCUACAGUGUUGGCGAUCAGCUUGGGAAAGGUGGUUUUGGUGUGGUGUAUGAAGGGAGACGUUUGGAUGAUGAUCUUAAAGUGGCCUUGAAAUACGUCAUGAAGACCAAGGACAUGAAAUGUUUAUUAAUUCCUGAUCAUCCAAACCCCCUUCCAGUAGAGAUCGCCCUCACCAUCCUGGCGAAUAAAGGUCCAAGUGCGCCAGAGAUCAUCAGGCUGCUGGACUGGCAGGACCACCCUGACCACUUCGUAAUGGUCCUCGAAUGUCCCUCUCCCUGUGAGGAUCUUGUUCAGUUCAUGAGGCGUCACGGUGGAAGACUUGACGAAGAGAAAGCAAGUCAGAUCAUGCGGCAGGCGGCUCAAGCCGCAAACAUGUGCUGCCUUCGUGGAGUCCUCCACCGGGACAUAAAACUGAGCAACUUACUAAUUAACAGCGAGACGUCCGAAGUCAAGCUUAUUGACUUCGGAUGUGGGGACAUGUUGAGGAGUUCACCAUACAGGUCAUACUCUGGCACAGCAGUGUACUCCCCUCCUGAGUACCAUGAAAGGGGGAUAUAUUAUGGCAGGCAGGCGACGGCAUGGUCACUAGGGGUUUUAAUGUUCGUAAUGUUAACUGGACAUUACCCUAGUGACUAUGACCUGCUGCUCCUGAAAAGGAAGCUCUGGUCCAAACCCGGCCUGUCAUCCGAAUGCUGUCAUCUACUCAGGGCUCUCCUGCAGGACAAGCCAAGUCGACGACUUGGACUUGGGCUAAUCCUGUACCACAACUGGUUUAAGGUAGUGAACCUAAGAUUGGCUAAAAAGCAAUUAGUUUUCUCAUGGGAUGACAUUGCCAAGUCUUAUUUCUGUUUCGUUUCAGGUCGCUGCAUAAGGCCACUCCAGUUGGUGUCUCUCGUGGCAGCUUGGCGUCUUGUGGGCUGCGAUGGGAGACGCUUGCAUCCCUCCUCUCGCCUUUGCGUCCUGCGGGGCGAGCAAGCCUUGAGUUGCGUCUUGCGCCUUGGCUUGAGGGAGCAGUAUUUGCGUCUGGCAGUACUGCUCCCGGAGGGAUGCAAUGGGAGACGCUUCCAUCCCUCCUCUCGCCUUUGCAUCUUUUCGGGGCGAGCAAGCCUUGAGUUGCAUCUUGCGUUUUGGCUUGAGGGAGCAGUAUUUGCGUCUGGCGGUACUGCUCCCGGAGGGAUGUGUACAUCCUUCUUUUGGGUGUUGUUUUCCCCAUCAUGGCCACCCACAGAUAUUCCUGCAAGGGCCCCAGGCAGAGCAAGCACCAAAGGCCAUUUGGUCCCAGAUAUUCCAGUCUGUCCAACCUCAGAGAUUCCUCCUAUGGCCACUCGAAAGGUUUCUGUGAUGGCCACCUCAUGUCUGCUCCAGUCACUCAAGAGGUUCCUGCCCAGGUUCCUUGUCAUGGCUGCUUCAGAGCUCUGUCUCAGUACUCCUAGUUUUUGCAGCCCAAGUAAUUCCUGCCACAGACAAUUCAAAGGCUCCUGCUGUUGUCUCACGGUCAUCUCAAUCCCAGAUAUCCUCAACUCAGCCACCCUGGUUUCCAGGCUUCCUGUCAUAACUGCCUGGUCCUAG